CUUGCAAAGGACUCUUGCUUCUCACCUUACCUCACCUACUUAUAAUUAAACCUAUGAAACAAAAACACACACACACACACUUCUCAUUCCUCUUACUUCUCUCUCUCUCUUUCUCUCUCUCAUGCAUAUCCAAAUGGAGUUACAGUCAGAUGUUGCAGACACCCAACAACAAAUGGAACAACAGCAUUUUCAUGUGCUAGCAGUUGAUGAUAGUCCCUUUGAGAGGAAGCUCUUGGAGAGGCUUCUCAGAGAGUGUUCAUGCAAAGUGACUUGUGUGGAAUCUGGGGAUAAAGCUCUUGAAUAUUUGAACCAGCUUGAUACCCACCAGAGUAACUCAGCUGACUCUACAGCUUCAUCAUCUUCUUCCCAAUCACCACAACAAGAGGGGUUGAAAGUAAACUUGAUCAUUACAGACUACUCAAUGCCCGGGAUGAGCGGCUAUGAUUUGCUAAAAACAGUCAAGGGAUCUUCAUCUUCUUGGAAAGACGUACCAGUGGUGGUCAUCUCAUCAGAGAACGUACCCUCUAGAAUAAGCAUGUGCUUGCAAGAAGGGGCAGAGGAAUUCCUUCUGAAGCCUCUAAAGCUAUCAGACUUGAAGAACCUUCAGCCACACCUUUUGAAAUCUUUAGUACAUUCUAAUGAGGACACCAACUGUUCCACUGACACUGGUAAUAGUGACAACGUUGUCAAGAUGAACAACAACGUUAUAAGCAAGAGGAUAGCAAUGUCUCCAGAGCCAUCAGAGAGAAGACCUAAACCGAAGGAAUUAGCUGUGGUGUAAAUACUAAAGUAGCACAAGUACUGGGUGGUGCAUACAUAUAUAUAUAUAUAUAUAUAUGAUUAAGGAAUAUGUUUCAGUAAGUUUUUGUAGCCAAGAUUUUCCAUUUCUUACAGUUAAGCAGUUUCUAUACAAGAGGUGGUUUGGGUUGAUCUCAAUAAUUAAAGAAAAGUGGC